GUUGAAUACUGGACUUUUGCUGAUGAGAACUUGAGCAGUUUGAAUCUGUUUUAAGACCCGAAAAUAGUGCAUAAAAUGUGCAUAUCAGGGGAAUGCCGGUGUUACUUCCAUCAGAAAAAAUCUCUGUACUUUAGACCUUUAGGCUGUCGACACACAGACACGACCUCCUGUGACCUCAAUGUGUUUGUUCUCGACGAGUCGAAUCGAUCCGCUUGGCAAAGUGUUCAAACAGUUUUAGGUCAGAAGGCAAAAGUUCAGCUUCCUGAACCUUGUCAAUCAAAUAUCCGAGCUUUGUAAAACAAACAUUUCAUAUCAAGGGGCGUGACGCCGUAACGUGACCCGCGGCGCAUUUAAAGGUGUCGGUUUAGACGUUGCUUAGACUGUUGGCAAGCACGCUCAUCUUUUGGGAUAUAAUUCUAGUAAAUUGCAUAAAACAAGGUGUCCGCUGCAUGAGAACCUGAUUGCAUCUACAGAGGAAUGAACUCAGACAUGAUGGCGAAUCGAUUACUUUGCUGUAGUAGAAAACUAUUGAUUGUACAAGCCUCGUUAGAUCACUGACUGGCAUCGAUGAUGCGGUGGUCCAAACCACAGUGUUUGCACAUGGAGCAAUUAGGCUUCCAACAAUUGAGUGUUAACAAAUCCUGAAUUUGCGAAAAAACACCUAUUAGGAAGCAGCUGGGUUGUUUAACUCCGUGGAGUUGAGUGUAUGCAGCAUUUCUGUAGGAUAUAAGGAAAUAAAAGGGACAAACAACACGCCCGAGCUGCAGAUAUUGAGGUCAUUAUCAGGGCAACAGCCGGUUGCCGCCCACCGUUGUGAGGCCAUAAUCUAAAUGCAUCCGGGAAGCUGUUGCUAUCGACUUCUCUCUGUUUCGCAGUUGGUGUUUUUUUUUUUGGAACACUGUGGGGAAAGGCGGGUCACCGAUGUUCGGGUGAUGCAGAUGGACUCGUGUGGAGGGCGGGCGUGACCCGAGGAGACCCGGGUCACCACCGGCUGUCCGUCCACGCCGCUGCGAGCUAAAUGGAACAGAGCGGCGCCCCGGUUCACAUGCGUCCUGACUGAGGCACAACCGGAUGGCCGAGCAGGACAGGGAACACAUCCCCGGAUAAACCACUCGGCUUCAAAUAGAUCUUUCCCAAUAUUUUACAAAUGUGUGACAUUUUUGCAAUUUUUCCUCAUCAGGCUUUAUUUAGCUAAUGUUUUGUUUCACUAUUUAAGAAGUACUUUAAUUUAUUUUGUUACUGGGGGAUCUUCUUUGUUUAGAUUGUCUUAAUCUGAAAAGCUACCAAAUAUUGUCAGAAAACUUUCUUUCUUUCUUAAAAUCCAAUUUGUUUCCUCAAAGGUGCACUUCUGGUCCCUUUCGUUGUUCCCUCACCUUCACCUCUUUCACUCACUACCUUCCAGUCACGAUGGCGUAGUGAAGAUGGGCGACUGGAACUUCCUCGGCGGGGUUUUGGAGGAGGUGCACAUCCAUUCCACCAUGGUGGGCAAGAUCUGGCUCACCAUCCUCUUCAUCUUCCGCAUGCUGGUCCUCGGCGUGGCGGCGGAGGACGUGUGGAACGACGAGCAGGCGGACUUCGUGUGCAACACCGAGCAGCCCGGCUGCAGGAACGUGUGCUACGACCACGCGUUCCCCAUCUCCCUCAUCCGCUUCUGGGUGCUGCAGGUCAUCUUUGUGUCCUCUCCCUCGCUGGUGUACAUGGGCCACGCGCUCUACAGGCUGCGGGCGCUGGAGAAGGCCCGGCAGAAGAAGAAGGCGCUGCUGCGGAAGGAGCUGGAGCUGGUCGACGCGGAGUCGGCGGAGGCCAGGAAGAGGAUCGAGCGGGAAGUGAAGCAGCUCGACCAGGGCAAGCUGAACAAAGCCCCCCUGAGGGGCUCGCUGCUGCGAACCUACGUGGCGCACGUCUUCACCCGCUCGGUUGUGGAAGUGGCCUUCAUGACAGGCCAGUACGUCCUUUACGGCUUUCACCUCCACCCGCUCUUCAAGUGCGAGCGGGACCCUUGUCCCAAUGCCGUGGACUGUUAUGUGUCCAGACCGUCAGAGAAAAGUGUCUUCAUGGUGUUCAUGCAAUGCAUCGCGGCCAUAUCCCUCUUCCUGAACCUCUUGGAGCUCACGUACCUGGGCUACAAGAAGGUCAUGCAGGGCAUCUUGGACCUUUACCCUCACUUGCAGGACGAACCCGAUGACUACUGCGCCAACAAGUGCAAAAAAGAAUCUGUUGUGCAAAUAUGCACCAGCGUACCCCGAAGGGUGACGGUUGCCUCCGCACCCUGUGACUACAACCUCUUGUUGGAGAGGUACCCGAACCUCCUCAGACCUCCAUCUUUUCUCCCUCAUCGGAGCGAGCAGACCCACCAGCAGUAUUUGGAGGAUCCCCCGCACGGCAAAGAGGACGGAGGGAAUCCAGACUCUCCAAAGAAGGCCGACUCAAACUCCAGCCCGGAGACACCGGAAGAGUCCAGCUCAGGAUCCAGGGACAACCCCAGGCCGCCUUCUUCCAACGGCAAGACGCCAGUGGACAGACGGCCGGCAGACCUGCAGAUCUGAACUUUUACACCGCGUUCUUGCGGCAAUACACGUGACCGCUGGACGUCAUUUCAACAUUAAGGAUUUUACACUGACUGAAAACUUUGUUUUCCAUUCAGAUAAUGUAGCAUGCUUAAGAAAAAAAAAAACCUGUAGAUGAAAUAAUGGUACGAUAUCAAAGAGGUUUUGGAAUAAGCCUGUACCCUAUUGUGACUGACUGCACUGCUACACAUUUAGAAAACCAGGUCAGCCUGAACCGGGUCAAAUAGAAGUGGAUGUUUUCAUCGUUGUGUGACCUAUAAACAUUGCAAGGCUUUCAAUAAUAAUGUCACCGCAAAUGAUGAGUGCAUGUUGGCUAAAUAAAGUUGUUCAGGCGGGCCACUGUU